UAAAGUGAGGCCCAAAUAAGAGGCAAACCCUAGCUACAAGAAGGGUUUUAUAAUUCUCAAGCGGCUAGCGCAUUUUCUCUUUUACUCGAGCAAGCAAACACAGAGCAGCUGCAACAAUGGUGAAGUAUUCUAAGGAGCCUGACAAUCCCACCAAAUCUUGCAAGUCCAGGGGGUCUGGUCUGAGGGUUCAUUUUAAGAACACCAGAGAAACAGCACAUGCUAUUCGCAAGUUACCUUUGAUCAAGGCCAAAAGGUACUUGGAAGAUGUUCUUGCUCACAAGCAAGCAAUCCCAUUCACUCGCUUUUGCAGGGGAGUUGGCCGUACUGCUCAAGCCAAAAACAGACACUCCAAUGGCCAAGGACGUUGGCCCGCUAAGUCAGCUAAAUUCAUCUUGGAUUUGCUCAAGAAUGCUGAGAGCAAUGCUGAAGUGAAAGGCUUGGACGUGGAUUCACUUUACAUAUCUCACAUCCAGGUCAACCAAGCACAAAAGCAGAGGCGUCGUACAUACCGUGCCCACGGGCGAAUCAACCCUUACAUGUCUUCUCCAUGUCACAUUGAGUUGACUCUGUCUGAAAAAGAAGAGCCGGUGAAAAAGGAGCCUGACACUCAGUUGGCAUCUAGGAAGAACAAAGGUAGCCAAGUCUUGCGCAGUGGUGCAUCAUCUUAGAUAUCUUGAUGGAAGUUAUUGGAGGAACAAUGCGAAAUUUAUUUUCCCAAUAUUUUGAGAACAUGUUUUUGUUUUGUAAUGGAUUCUCAUAUCAUGAAUCGACAUUUAAUAUUUUGGCGAAUUUAGUUGAACUUUGAUUAUC